AUUUAAUUACCAAUAUCUCAAUCAAAUACAAAUCUUCAAGUUCAUGGUUUAAUUCAUACCAGUGAAUUGUGUAAUCAAAAAAUGGAAUUUUUUUCCAUUUCAUAAUUAAAGAUAUUAAAUCAACAAUUUCUGGAGAAUAACCGGAGUAACAACGCCAAAGACCCUUGGACAAGUGAUUUGAGUGAACGAAGCCAAAACCUAAACCAAAAUUACCUAAAAAAAUGAUUAGUGUCGGCAUCAGCUAAACCGAAAUUCCCCAACUUUAAAAAUCUUCCGGAAGCUCUGGGGAUUGUAGUUUCGUGCCAUAUGGAUUGUGAAAUGAGUGUACAAAUGUAAUAGAGAAUCAAAAACACCCAGUGGAAACAAUUUUGCGGAAAUAAGAAGUGGUUUAGUUAAGAAGAUCGGGAAAAAAAAACCGGUUGCACAAGAUGAUAAAGAAGGAGAAACCGAUGAUGUCGGUGACGGCAAUAAUCCAGGGCGCCCAGGCGCAACACUGGGCACGUGGUAACACCUGGCUGAGCCUCGACAGCAGUAACAUGUCGAUGUCCUCGGUGGGGCCCCAGAGUCCUCUGGAUAUGAAACCAGAUACUGCGAGCCUCAUGAACUCCGGGAAUUUCAGCCCUUCUGGACCUAAUAGCCCGGGGUCAUUUACCAUGGGAUGCCACAGUAGCCUUCUGAGCACAUCACCAGGCGGCCAAAGUAAGACCGGUGCUGGUUCCCCGUAUCCACCGAAUCAUCCACUAUCCGGCAGCAAACAUCUGUGCUCGAUCUGCGGUGAUCGGGCCAGUGGAAAACAUUAUGGUGUCUACAGUUGUGAAGGCUGCAAGGGCUUCUUCAAACGAACGGUGCGGAAGGACCUCUCCUACGCCUGUCGUGAGGAAAAAUCCUGUAUUAUCGAUAAGAGACAGAGGAAUCGCUGUCAAUAUUGUCGUUAUCAGAAGUGUCUGGCUAUGGGAAUGAAACGGGAAGCUGUACAGGAGGAGAGACAGCGUACGAAGGAACGAGAUCAGAGCGAAGUUGAGAGUACCAGUAGUUCGCAUUCUGAUAUGCCUAUUGAGAGAAUCUUAGAGGCUGAGAAGAGAGUGGAGUGUAAAAUGGAACAUCAGGGGAAUUAUGAUAACGCCCUUUCCAGUAUUUGCAAUGCGACGAAUAAGCAGCUGUUCCAGUUGGUGGAAUGGGCCAAACACAUUCCCCACUUUACAUCACUCCCCCUGGAGGAUCAGGUCCUCCUGCUUCGUGCAGGUUGGAAUGAGCUGCUGAUAGCGGCAUUUUCUCAUCGCUCAAUCGACGUGUCCGAUGUUAUAGUCCUGGCGACAGGUAUCACCGUCCAGAGAAAUUCAGCUGAGCAAGUUGGCCUUGAGAAAAUCUACGAUCGUGUUCUCUCCGAGCUUGUGACAAAAAUGCGUGAGAUGAAGGUAGACAAGACCGAGUUGGGGUGCCUCAGGGCCAUAAUAUUGUUCAACUCCGAGGUUCGUGGAUUGAAAUCAGCCCAAGAAGUUGAACUUCUUCGUGAAAAAGUGUACGCAGCCCUCGAGGAGUAUGUCAGGAUUGCAAAGCCCAAUGAACCAGGACGAUUUGCCAAGCUCCUACUUCGUCUCCCUUCAUUGCGUUCAAUUGGUCUCAAAUGCCUUGAACAUUUGUUCUUCUUCAGACUGAUUGGUGAUGUGCCCAUCGAUUCAUUUCUCAUGGAAGUGCUGGAGAGUCCAGCUGAUCCUUAGGAGAUGGAGGUGUGCCGCGUAUUGGGGCACACCGACAUGUAAUUUGCAAUUAACAGGAGACAAUUAUCUUUUCAAAGUAUAAAUUAAUUAUUUCUGAAUAACACACCUGAGGGGGGAAUUUGAUGAGGUAUUUUUUUCAAACAGGGAUACUUAUUAAUAGAUUUUAUCCGCUAUUUUUUUCGUUAUUUAUGUCGAAUGAGUAAAUAAAAAAAUAAUUUUGACGGAUUAGAGUAGAUGAAAAGAAAAAAUAGAGGAGAGUAUAGAGUCGGGACUGCUGCAAAAUUAAUUAAUUCGAUGAUUUAUUUGGGAGAAAUUCUUUUUUCGAGACGUUAUACACUAUGCAAUUGUAUAUUUGGAAAUAUUUAUGUGUUUUUUUUGUUACAUUCCAAGCGCAGCUUUUUAUUUGAUUCUUUCAGGAGGAGAUUGUUUCUUAGGUAGUUGCAUACAUGGGUAUACCCAUAUACGUACAAUUACCCAAUAAAAAAAAUGAAUAUGUAAA